CACCACCAUCACCACCACUCUCACUAUUUGCUCUUUCGCUGCCUUGCUUCGCAGGCAACCUUCCUCCAUUCUCUUCUCUUCUCGACAGCGAGCUCUCAACCUCCCCUCUCUCUUUCCUUCUCAGCUCUUUGCCUAUAUAAAGAGGGAGUUUUGGUGGUCGUGGUCGCCAUGAGUGUGUGGUUUCUUGUUUUCAGAUCGUGGAUUGUGUUUAGCUGAGGAGUGAGGGGGGUUGGAGUGGAGCCAUGCCGCUGGUGAGGUUUGAGGUUAGGAAUGAGUAUGGGCUUGGGGAUCCGGAGCUUUAUGGAGAGCCUGGGAGGAAGGAGGAUGCCAAGGCUCUUCUUGAUGGAGUUGCUGUUUCUGGCCUUGUUGGGAUCUUGCGCCAGCUUGGGGAUCUCGCUGAGUUUGCUGCAGAUGUUUUCCGUGAUCUGCAUGAACAAGUGAUGGCCACAUCUGCAAGAGGACGCAAAAUGAUGUCUAGAAUGCAGCGCAUAGAAGCAGUGCUUCCAUCACUGGAGAAGGCUGUUCAGAGCCAAACAAGUCACAUACAUCUUGCCUAUGUUGCUGGUACGAACUGGCAUGCCACUGCUCAAACUGAUGAAAGCCUUGUUCUUGGAAGUGAUUUGCCUCAAUUCAUUAUGGAUUCCUAUGAAGAAUGCCGUGAUCCACCCCGAUUAUAUUUGCUUGACAAAUUUGAUUCUGCUGGUCCUGGUGCUUGCCUAAAAAGAUAUUCAGAUCCGUCUUACUUUAAGAGAGCUUGUGUUACCUUAGAAUUGGCAAAAGGUGAAAAGGUUCAGCGAGAAAAGAAGAAUCAGAGAAACAAGAGAAAAGGGUCACGCCAUAGACGGGGAGAAAUCCAACACCAUGCAAUAUCUAUAUCCCCACGCAACACAAGCAGUGCACGAUUUGCAUCUCCGGGGUCCGAUGGGCAUAGUUAUUCAACUGAGAAUACCUUCGUAUCUGAUCUGAGACAAAAGCCUGAAGUUGCAAGUGAAUCCCCUUCUUUUGAUUCAAAGGCUAUGCUGAACUAUGUCGAAGAAGUUUCAAAUGGUACAAAUCCUUCAGGAUUGCCUGAUGAUCUAGAAUACGAUGAUUUCUCUAUUUCAAAGUUAGACAUCAACAAUAGUGAACCCAGUGCCACUUUUACGCAAAGUGAAUCAAGAGAUGGAAGAGAUGGGGCUUAUGAUGCUUGUCAGCAAGAACCAUUACAAGAGAAAAUUGUUAAUACAUCGUCCACUGUUACAUGGGAUGAGAAGACUGAAAUAUCCAAGCCUGCAAGUCCUAGAUCAUUUGAUGACAUCCUUGUCGAUCGGGUUGAAGAUCCAAAUCCUUUGCCUGCUUGCUGUGAAACCUCAAAUGCAGAUACUGAAAUUGCUAAACUUGAAAGAGCUCUUGAUCAAGAGGAUAUCUUGUUUGAUAUUGCAAAUGUACCAUCUUCAUUAACUGGCGGCAACCAUUUUGAUGAAGUUAAUAGUGAGACAGAUAACUUCAUGGAUGCACUAAAUACCAUGGAGUCAGAAACUGAGACAGAUUCUGAGUAUCAAACUAAACGGGAGGUGAGGUUGCUGCCUAGUUACAAUAUCUCAGCAGUUGAGUCUAGAAAUGAAACAGCCCAUGAAAUAGUUUCAUCUGCUUCCGACUCUUCUGAUUCAGAUACCCCUGUUGUGUCACCUGAUUCCUUGAACCAAGAUGCACAUCUAGAACUUCAUAAUACACUCCCUUCAGAGAGUUUGGGCCAUAUGGAGUCACCUUCCUUGGACAAUGUCGUUGACAAUGAUUGUUCAGAAAGCACGCAUGAUUUGUCAAGGAUAAGUAACUCUGAAGUUUGUGGCAACGAUCAGUCUGCUGAGUUAAAUGCACCAAUCUUACUCACUGACUUGUGCAAUGGAAUUACAACUAGCACAUCCAAGGAUCUCACCUCUACCUCUGGUGAUGCUCCUAUCAUGCCUGCUGUUAAUUUUUGGACAAAUGGCAAUCUGUUUGGUGUUGAACCAUCAAAACCUCCAGAUUUCAGUUUUCCUAGUAUCAGCAGGGAGGAUGCACCACCUAAUGCUGGCAUCACCGGAUUUUAUCAUUCUAGCUACAUGGUGACAAAUAAGCUACAUAAUGUGGAAUCAGCUGCAAAACCAGCUGCAACGCAGACACCAUACGGAGAGAUUGUCAAUGGAUCAACAGAUAUCAGCAGUUCUCUAGAUCAGGACCCAACAAGUAAUUUGAGUAAAUCAGGUAAUUUAUCUGGGAAACGGAGUCUUCAAGGAUCUCUAGAAGAUAGACAUUCCAGAAACACUUCUGCUUUCAAAGAUACAUCUGAUCUACCUGAAGUAAAACUUUUUGUCCCUGGGGCCGAAUUGUCUUCUGCAACUGGUGUUGACCAUCAAGCCGGUAAAUCUGGACAAGCUGCCAUGACAAUCUCAUCUAGUUUCUCUGGUCUGGCACAAAGGUUUCUUUCAAACAGUCUUCAAAAAAGAGUUUCUUUCCCCAGUGCUGAGCCCUCCAGACCAUCAGGAAACACAAGUUCACAGAUCAGGGGAUCACAGGAGAACUCUGUUUCAAAUUGGGAUGUAGAAAAUUCGAUGGAAGGUGUGUCUAAGGCUUCCAAUGCGCAUAAGACCACAAAUAAGAUUGAACAAACAUUGUUGAAGAGGUCAUUAUCUUCUGGUUCGCGGUACUCUGAGCAAUCAUCUCCACCCCUAGAACACAUGAAGAUCUCUUUUCGGCCAAUGAAUCAGUUUGAGGCAUCAAAUCUAAAACUGGAUUUUUCCAAUGAUGAUCUCCAUGAGAAUUGUGAAGAUUUAAUAUUUCCUUCAUUUCAACUGCUUCCAGGGCCAACUGCUCCUUUGCGGAAUGAUGAUAAUUCUGAUUCUGAUGAUGAUACAUUCUGCAGAUCUUAUCCUUAUUCCUCUGAGGAGCUUAUGAGUCCUCGUUCAGAUUCAAACUCUGACUUGUGGGAACAAGAUAUAAAUGACACAAGUGAACGCCAUGAGAUAGAUGAAUUACACAGAAGUCCAUCAUCAGUUGCAUCCAUCUCGAAUUAUGCUGUAUUUGGACACAUGAAUGAGUACAGCCUAGAUCCGAAGAAUGGAAUUCUGAAUUUGGAUGAUAAUGAUGAGGGUAUAUCUUUUCGAUCCAACCAAAUUAUAGAUCUUCCUGGCCUUGAUUCGGUUAAGUCUCAAAAAACUCAUAGGGAAGAACCAUGUGGUUCUUUGCCGGUUAAUUGUGAAGAUCCUCAAUUGCAAUCCAAAAAUGAGCUGCCACCACCACCUCCUCUUCCUCCAAUGCAGUGGAGAAUAACAAAGCCUGACUUGGCUUCAAUAGAAGAUACUAAUUCGGUAAUUACUGAACUUGAUGACCAUUCAGAUGCUUUGCAAGGUCAAAGAUCCAUUGCUGAUAAAAAUCAAGAACCAAAUGCAAUGACUCUGGAAACAACUACCAAGUCAAUGAUAAGUCCUGACAAGCAACAACUGGAUAAUGGUCAUAAAUUAAAUGGACAAAUAGAAGCAAAUCAGGGUGCUCAUGACAAGGAACCAGAUGAUAAAGAAGAUUUUCUUCAACAGAUCAAGAACAAGACAUUUAGUCUGAGGCGCACAACAACAGCAAAGCCAACCAAUGUGUCGCAACCAACCACCAAUGUCCACGUUGCCGCCAUAUUGGAGAAGGCAAAUGCAAUCCGUCAGGCAUGUGUCGGUAGUGACGAUGGUGGUGAUGAUGACACCUGGAGGGAUUUGGGUGGUGGAUUGGUUGGUGGAAGAGUGAGAGAGAUGGCUCGGAACUCUGUGGAGAAGAUGACUUCCAUCGAUGCGCAGCUGCGGCUACUCGCGCCUUCGAAGGUCUCGGAGGAUGAUAAGCUUGUUGAGUAUGAUGCUCUGCUCUUGGAUCGGUUUCUUGAUAUUCUCCAGGACUUGCAUGGAGAGGAUAUCCGAGAGACGGUACAAGAGUGCUAUGAGUUAUCAGCAGAAUAUGAAGGGGAACAUGAUCCCAAGAAACUGGAGGAGCUUGGGAAUGUGCUGACAAGUUUGGAUCCUGGAGAUUCCAUUGUAGUUACCAGCUCAUUCUCACACAUGCUCAAUUUGGCCAACCUGGCUGAAGAGGUCCAGAUUGCUUACCGCAGAAGAAUCAAGAAGAAGAAAGGUGAUUUUGCAGAUGAAAAUUCUGCGACUACUGAGUCAGACAUUGAGGAGACCCUUAAAAGACUGGUGGUGCAACUGAAAAAGUCACCUGAGGAGGUUUUUGAUGCUCUGAAAAGCCAGACAGUUGAUUUGGUUUUCACUGCUCAUCCCACUCAGUCAGUUAGGAGAUCACUUCUUCAGAAGCAUGCUAGGAUAAGGAAUUGUUUGACGCAGUUGAAUGCAAAGGACAUUACUCCUGAUGACAAGCAGGAGCUCGAUGAAGCUCUUCAAAGAGAGAUCCAAGCUGCUUUUAGAACUGAUGAGAUUCGAAGAACUCCACCCACUCCACAAGAUGAAAUGCGAGCAGGGAUGAGUUAUUUCCAUGAAACAAUAUGGAAGGGUGUUCCGAAGUUCCUACGUAGGGUUGAUACUGCUCUGAAGAACAUUGGGAUAAAGGAGCGUGUUCCUUACAAUGCUCCUCUGAUUCAAUUUUCUUCUUGGAUGGGUGGUGAUCGUGAUGGAAACCCUAGAGUCACUCCUGAGGUUACAAGAGAUGUGUGUUUGUUGGCUAGAAUGAUGGCUGCAAAUUUGUACUUUUCCCAAAUUGAAGAUCUAAUGUUUGAGAUGUCCAUGUGGCGAUGCAGUGACGAACUUCGAUUGCGAGCAAACGAACUACAUCAAUCAUCAAAGAAAGAUGCCAAACACUAUAUUGAGUUUUGGAAACAAAUUCCUAUAAAUGAACCCUAUCGUGUUAUUCUUGGUGAUGUGAGAGACAAGUUGUACAAUACACGUGAACGUUCUCGCCAUAUGCUUUCAAAUGGAUUCUCUGACAUUCCUGAGGAGAGCACGUUCACCAAUGUUGAGCAGUUUCUGGAGCCCCUUGAGCUCUGUUACAGAUCACUUUGUGCUUGCGGUGAUAGUCCUGUAGCUGACGGGAGUCUUCUUGACUUCUUACGUCAAGUAUCAACCUUUGGUCUGUCACUUGUUAGGCUUGAUAUCAGGCAAGAAUCAGAUAGACACACUGAUGUCAUUGAUGCAAUCACCAAGUAUCUGGGUAUUGGAUCAUACCGUGACUGGCCAGAGGAGCGACGCCAAGAAUGGCUUUUAUCUGAGCUUAGGGGCAAACGCCCUUUAUUUGGUCCUGACCUUCCUAAAACUGAGGAAAUUGCGGAUGUUUUAGAUACAUUUCAUGUAAUAGCAGAACUUCCUGCAGAUAGUUUUGGGGCUUAUAUUAUCUCAAUGGCCACUGCUCCAUCAGAUGUGCUUGCUGUUGAGCUGUUGCAACGCGAAUGCCAUGUGAAGCAGCCACUGAGAGUUGUGCCAUUGUUUGAGAAACUUGGUGAUCUUGAGGCAGCUCCUGCAGCUGUAGCCCGGCUCUUCUCUAUCGAUUGGUAUAAGAACAGAAUAAAUGGAAAGCAGGAGGUUAUGAUAGGAUACUCAGACUCUGGGAAGGAUGCAGGACGCCUUUCUGCAGCUUGGCAGCUAUAUAAAGCCCAAGAAGAACUUGUAAAGGUUGCCAAGGAAUAUGGAAUAAAGCUUACAAUGUUCCAUGGGCGAGGGGGGACUGUUGGAAGAGGAGGUGGUCCUACUCAUCUGGCUAUAUUAUCUCAGCCACCAGAUACUAUCCAUGGAUCACUUCGUGUCACAGUUCAAGGAGAGGUUAUCGAACAAUCUUUUGGUGAGGAGCAUUUGUGCUUCCGAACACUUCAGCGUUUCACAGCUGCUACUCUUGAACAUGGUAUGCACCCUCCAAUUUCUCCAAAGCCAGAAUGGCGUGCUCUAAUGGAUGAAAUGGCUAUCGUGGCAACGGAAAAAUACAGAUCGAUUGUAUUCCAAGAACCACGUUUUGUUGAAUAUUUUCGCCUGGCGACACCUGAACUAGAAUAUGGCAGGAUGAACAUCGGAAGCAGGCCUUCUAAAAGAAAGCCUAGUGGAGGUAUUGAAUCCCUGCGUGCAAUACCCUGGAUAUUUGCAUGGACACAGACCAGGUUUCACCUUCCUGUGUGGCUUGGCUUUGGUGCUGCAUUCAAACAUGUUCUUGAAAAGGAUAUUAGGAACCUUCACAUGCUACAAGAGAUGUACAACGGAUGGCCGUUUUUUAGGGUCACAAUCGACUUGGUUGAGAUGGUCUUUGCUAAGGGAGAUCCAGGCAUAGCUGCUUUAUAUGACAAACUGUUGGUUUCUGAUGAUCUAUGGUCAUUUGGCAAGCGGCUGAGGGCUGACUAUGAAGAAACAAAGAGCCUUCUUCUUCAGGUUGCUGGUCACAAAGACCUUCUCGAAGGUGAUCCGUACUUGAAACAAAGACUACGUCUGCGAGACGCUUACAUAACCACUCUGAAUGUCUGCCAAGCAUACACACUGAAGCGAAUCAGAGACCCAUGCUACCAUGUGAAUUUACGGCCUCAUCUUUCGAAGGACAUCAUGGAACCUAACAAGCCAGCAGCAGAACUUGUAAAGCUGAAUCCGACAAGCGAAUAUGCCCCCGGACUUGAAGACACUCUCAUCCUGACAAUGAAGGGUAUUGCUGCAGGUAUGCAGAAUACCGGUUAAUUGUUAAAGAUCGAACUUCCGUUUAUAACUGUUAUGCAGUAUACUAGAACAAAGAGUACAGUAUGUUAUCGAUGUUGCAUACUGUAUCUAUCCGUAUAUAUAUAUAUAUGCUUAAGGUAUUUCGGUUGAUGCAUAAUUAGCUUUUGCAAUCAGUUGGUUGUAUUAUUAUGACAUCAAUCAGUAAGAACAAUGCUUCUGUUUUGAAGCUUAGUAUGUGUGUAUGGAAUGUAUAUCAAUGAGAAGUUAUAUUGCUUGUUGGUAAUC